ACCGCCCAUCUGUUGAGGGAAGCAAACUUUUCCCCAGGCCAGAGGAAGGAGAAAGGGGGACAGGUAGCAGCCCUGCAGGACCCAGUGAUGAUGAGCUGUCAGGCUCCUUGGAAGUGAGCAGGCCUGGGGAACACGGCAUGGCACAGGUGGCUGCGGCUCCCAGCCCCGGGGCUACUCCAGGCCAGCCCUGCGUGUUCAAGCUGGUCCUCCUGGGAAGUAGCUCUGUGGGCAAGUCCAGCUUGGCUCUCCGGUACGUGAGGAAUGACUUCAAGAGUACUCUGCCUACAGUGGGAUGCGCAUUCUUCACAAAGCUGGUGGAAUUUGGUGCUGCGUCUCUGAAGUUUGAGAUCUGGGACACGGCCGGCCAGGAGAAGUACCACAGCGUCUGCCACCUCUACUUCAGGGGCGCCAACGCUGCACUUUUGGUGUAUGACAUCACCAGCAAGGACUCCUUCGGCAUGGCUCAGCAGUGGCUGAAGGACCUGGAGAAGGAGUUCCAGCCUGGAGAGGUCGUGGUGAUGCUGGUUGGAAACAAGACGGACCUUGGCGAGGAGCGAGAGGUGAUGUUUGAGGAAGGGAAGGAGUUUGCAGAGAGCAAGGGGCUGCUGUUCAUGGAAACCUCGGCCAGACUGAACCACCAGGUCACCGAGGUCUUCAGCGCAGUGGCCCGAGAGCUGCUGCAGAGAGAAGAGAGGAAGAAGGACCAGACACAGCAGAGAGACGCUCGGCUGGCUCUGAAUGAGAGGCCUGCGGGGCAGGCCAAGUGCUGUGCCCACUAGAAGCAGCCACUGCAGGAGGGCCGUGGGGAGGAUGCCCCCCACGUCCGGCCCCAGCUGGUCCUCAGCGUGAGCCGCUGCCAGCUCCAUGUGGACGGUGGCACUAAUUUUGAUUCACCAUUGAUGCGGACUAGUUCCUGAGUCCUUGAGGUGCACGGAAGCUGGCGUCCCUGAGAAUAACCACUUUCCGAAGCUGAUAGGAGUCACUCAGGAGAGGAUCCGGUGUCACAUGGCUCCCAGGGGAUGUCAGCCCCACCUCCCCAGACACUGACUGAUUCCCGGAUGCCCGGGCCAGGUGCACCUGCCCCUGCCUGGACUGCUGUCCCCUCGGCUGCCUGGCCACCAGACGCAGAGGGAUGAAAUGGGCCAGAGGGGACACGCGGAUCAGAAAAAUACUUUGAUCACUGUGGUGGGUGACUGUGGUGGGUGGACAAUUGCCUUACACCUGGUGUUGGGCAGCGGCUGCCUGGGGGCUGCGCCCCCUGCUCCUGGGAGUGGGGAAGGAGGGAGCAGGCCCAGAUGGAGGUGGCAGCGCCAGGAAGAAGUGGAGUGACGAUCGAUCUGGGGCUGGGUCCAUCUUCACUGGAUCGCAGUGAGUUGUCCCAGGGGAGAACGGGGUCUGCCAGCGUGCAGUGGGAGGCUCCCUUCUCCUGCCUGUGAAUUUGACCACGUGAUUUUUGUGCCCAAUGAGUGUGAGGACUCAGACUUUUAACCUGAGGUGUAAGUUGUCCCGCUUAUACAUUUGUCUCCAAAAAUUAAACCGCUUUCUAUAAUCCGGUCUUUGGUGAGUUUGCAAGGUGAGGUUUGUCAUGGCGCAUAUUCUAGGGGGGCUCAUGGUGA